AUGGGGGAAGGAGCUCAGGAAAGCAUAGUGCCUAAAAACUUCCAGUACAUCCUUGCCUUUGUUUUUGCCAUUGAUGAGGUCAACAAGAAUGCCGAGUUGUUACCCAACGUUACACUGGGAUCCAUGAUUUAUGACAAUGCAUUUAGUGCAGGAAGAGCCUUUCGGGUCACUUUGGACUUACUCUUUGAAGCACAAGGGAAUCCCCUCAACUACGUUUGUGGCAGGGAGAAGAGGCUAUUGGCUGUCGUUGGUGGACUUACCUCUCAGAAUUCCAUCCAGAUGGCCAACAUCUUAAACACAUACAAGAUUCCUCAGCUUCACUCUUUUCUGAGAAAUGUCCGCUUUAACAAUAGCGCUGGGGAAGAAAUAUUUUUCAGUGACGAUGGGGACCUGGCAGGAGGAUAUGAUCUUGUCAACUUGGUCACAUUCCCCAAUCGAUCUUUCAAGAGAGUCCAAGUUGGGAGGAUGGAUGCCAAAGCUCCUGCCGGAAAAGAGUUUGUCAUUAACGGAAAUGUCAUUGUGUGGAAUCACAAGUUUCAACAGACAGUUCCCCGAGCCAUGUGUGUCAAGAGCUGCCACGCUGGUUACAACAAGAUUGUCAUGCAGGGGAAGCAAAUUUGUUGCUAUGAAUGUGCUCAGUGCUCUGAAGGAAGAAUGUCAAACCAUACAGAUGCAGAUCAGUGUGAGAAGUGCUCAGAAGAUCAGUAUCCAAAUGACCAGCACAACCAAUGCCUCUCCAAACAUGUCACCUACUUAUCUUACAGAGAACCUUUGGGAGCAGUUCUGGUUUGCUGUGCUUGUUUCUUUUCCAUAGUCACAAUGGUGGUGUUGUGGAUCUUCAUUCGCUAUCGGCAUACUCCCCUCGUCAAAGCCAACAACUGGAACAUUACGUGUGCCCUGCUCUCUUCUCUGUUGCUUAGCUUUCUUUGUUCCUUCCUAUUCAUUGGCCGGCCUGGAAAGGUAUCCUGCUUUAUGCGGCAAACCAUGUUUGGCUUAAUCUUCUCCAUCAUUGUUUCAUGUGUCUUGGCUAAAACCAUUACCGUAGUUCUAGCCUUCAUGGCCACUAAACCAGGGAACAGGAUGAGGCAUUGGGUAAGCAAUAGGCUGGGAGUGUCUGUGGUGGUCCUCUGUUCUCUUAUUCAAACUGGCAUCAGUGCUGUUUGGCUCUCCACCUCUCCCCCCUUCCCAGAGUUUGACAUGCACUCUCAGAUCAGUCAGAUCAUUGUUCAAUGCAAUGAAGGCUCAGACAGCAUGUUCUACAUUGUCCUGGGUUACAUGGGGCUCCUGGCCAUCAUCAGCUUCACUGUGGCUUUCUUAGCCAGGAAGUUGCCUGAUAGUUUCAAUGAAGCCAAGCUGAUCACCUUCAGCAUGUUGGUGUUUUGCAGUGUUUGGCUUUCCUUUGUCCCAACCUACUUGAGUACCAAGGGGAAAUACAUGGUGGCUGUGGAGAUCUUCUCCAUCUUGGCGUCCAGUCUUGGUUUAUUGGGCUGUAUGUUCCUCCCCAAAUGCUAUAUUAUAAUCAUGAGACCCGAGCUGAACACCAGAGAGCAAUUAGUAAGGAAAACAUGA